AUGGAAGAGCAUCUUAUUUCAAAAAAAGUCAAAGCUCUACAUUGUGGAAUUACAAUACAUUUAAUUAGUACCUUAUUAUUUUAUUUUCAAGAUAAACCGAUACACGACAGUAGGAGAAGAGACAGCUCAUCGGAUUCAGAAGCGAACGACAAAUUUGCGAAUUCAUGUGACGAUUGCAAUUGGAGUGGCUCAACCAAAAGUGAUCCUCUAUCAUUCACUAUCGAAGAGUGCAUAGAGGAGGUUGUGACGAGAUACAGCUCUGAAGACGAACGCGAUACCGGUCUCAGUAAAUUCCUAUCGACCUUGGACUUCAAACGCAGGCAACGAGCACCUUUUCCCGAAUUUGGCAUGGACAUUGUUGACAGUGAGUUCAAUCUUAAUAUUCAAUUAUUUAUUUACAUAAUUGUGUCAGGAAGCUAUAAGAUACAGAAGAGUUUUAAACAUAGAAUAAAUAUUCCAAACUCACAAUAACUUCCAUCGAUAAAA